AUGGCGCUCGAGAAAUUUGGUCCCCACCUCAAGACAAUUCUCGAGGCGAAACACAUCGAGGCUAUCUACGAACUCUGGGGGGUCGAUUAUACCGUCGAAAUUGAACUUCCAGAAGACGGCAAAACUCCGGAGACCGUGAGACCGGGAUACUGUGGAGCCUAUAUGUCGCAUUUCGAGGACGGCGGCUUAUUGUUUCCUCUUCGUCGUUUUCUUCUUGAGGCGUUGGCGGAGCUUAAGAUGGCGUUUACCCAGAUGGCUCCUAACUUUUUUCGUUAUUUCUUGGCCUCCUGGUUCCAAGCUCAGGAGGAAGGCCUUGAGUUCGGACUCAGGGAGUUGAAGCAAUUGUUCGCUGUAAAGCGGAACAAUGGCUUUCUUGGCACAAUGAUUCUUGCUCCCCGCUCUGGUCGUGUUAUUAUUGAAGGCAUUCCCAAUAAAGAUGAUCGAUGGAGAGAAAAGUUCUUUGUUUUUAAGGUUAACCUGGCGUCGGUCGGGGAUUUUGACUUUGAGAUGAUCCCUAGGGAAUGGUCCGACGACAUUGACCCCUUCGGCCUUGCGCCCAUGACCCCAGAGCUUCGUGGGUUAAUGGCUACUUUGCGACGUGGUAGUCCUCGAUGGCUCGCUUUUACUCAUGACCGAAUUCGAACUGCUUAUGCUCUUCCGCCGGGUGUGAACCGUGUUAUUCAUGUUGCCUUGGUGGCUCCCGUUCGGCCCAUGAAAGGUCGUGGCAACAAGAGGAAGAAGGAGAAGGAGGUGUUGCUCGAUCGUCCUGAUGAGUCUUCUGAGGUCGGGUCGCUCAGUCUCCUGGCCUUCAAGCUAGGCUCGGUAUCGAUUGCUAUCCCUGCCGGCGGGACUCGUAAAGCAUCAGAUAACUCGGCGAGUUCUGCUGGCGAUCGAGCUCUUAACGACGAGGUCGAUUCAUUGACUCACCGGCGUCAACGUCGGGUCUUGGAGGAGAUUAAUACUGUGACUUCGGGGUCAUCGAGCUCGGGACUCCCUCCACCGUUACGUGUUUCUGGUGAAGGUACUUCGCGGAUUAACUCCAGCGGACGUCUUUCGAGCGUGCCCGAAGCCUCUUCGUGGGCGUUUUCAUAUGAUAACGAGAUUCCUAUCCUUGAGAACCCCGAUUCCCUCGCUGCGAUCUGGCGUAUGAUCAGAGCGGAAGGAUACGAGCUCCCUUCUCUCGAGCUUAUGCGAGACCGUGAUGCCUAUGUUCGGAUGGCAGUUGCGAAUGCCAAGGAGAUCGCGGGUCAUCUUCUCACGAUCCAACAGCUUCGAGGUGAGUUGGAGGUUGCUCGGGAGGUGGAGAGGCAGCGCAAAGCGGAGAUCGAGGAGUCGAAGAAGAAGUUGGCUGCUGCUGAGGCGGAGAAGGUCGCUAUUCAGAGCGAUCUUGACUCGAUGAAGGAGAAGCAUAGGCGAGAGAUCGAAGGUCGAGAUAGGCGAGCUCGCAAAGAUCACUACCUUGCUCGUCUCUCUCUUGCUCAAGAAUAUGAUGGGGUUCUGGCUGUAGAGAAGAACAAGUUGGAGCAGAAGAAAAAGAAAACGGCUGCGGAGAUUCGUUUGCAAGAGGCGCGAGCUCGUAUUGAGGCUUUGAUUGAGUAUAAUGAGGGUGGCUUCGAGCUCGAAGCGGAGUUGGAGCGUCUUAAAGACCUGGAGGUUUCGCUCGAAGUUGAUUACGGUCUUGCUUCGGUGUCGGAUCCUUCUCUUAGUCGCCUCGAUCUUCCUGAGAUUUCUGGAGAUUUGGUCAAUCAGGAUCGAUGCGAAGGUUAA